AUGGCUCCCAACUCUAAGCGCCGCUUCUCCCUCAGUGCCCUCUCUCCCGCAUCACGGAGAUACAACAAGGUCAUGAGCGAUAGACCCGACAAUCGUCGAUCUAUCGACACUACAGCCACUACCUCUACAUUGGGCGGCAUGCCUGUCGUUGAGGUCGAGAGCCACCUUGUUGACCCGGCGUAUCGCUGGACAACUGCCAAUCGAAUUGGGUAG